AAGAUGGACUUUUGACAAAUUUUAGGACACAUUUCGACAGUGAAAGUGAUGGCCUCCACAUCCCACGUCCUCCUAUAUUGGUAUACUCAUUCAAUACACAAAAUUAAAAUGUAAGGUCUGAGUAAAUUGCUAUAGUUGAGCGUUGAAAGUUCCGGACCUAGUAAUUCUCAUUCGGUAAUUUGGAUUUGGGUUGCUGUUUACCAAAAUGGCUCCAAAAAAAAAUAUCGGCAAGUUACUUGGUCUUAAGCGGAAGAAUUCAUUCAGAAAAUCAGAGGUAGCUAUGUAGUUAGGUUGAACUUCUUAGUCAACAGCUUUUACGGACUACCCCAACCUAUUUAGAGCACAUAUGUGCUCUUUCCCGUCUCUUUCCAACAAAGAAAAACAAAUUGGUCUAGACAAAAACCUUCCAAGUUCUGGAAAAUGAUGAGAGACAUCGAGUCUUGAUCGUUCAUGGUUCUCAUCUCCAAGGCCAUCUGCGCCGACCAAAUGCCUAAUCAGUGGAGAGAAAGUUACCUCCAAUGUGGGUUUGUUUCAGGUUAAAUCAACCACAGAUACAGAAUUUAAGAUGGAAACACAUCUUAAUUUUUCAAGGGUGCGAAUGAUCAUGGACAAGCAAGGUAAAGUGACGGAUCCGAAAGAAAAUCAGCUAUUCUUUGCUGAUCAUCAUAAAUGAGAAUCCUACACCUUUGCAACAAGCACUUGAUCACGGCCGACUAAUAUGGUACUGUCAUGUACAAAGAAGAAAACUUGAGAACCCCGGCAAAACAAAAUCAAAAUUGAAUUAACCCCAAGGCAGUUAGGUAUUGGAAAGAAAAGAGAUGGGAGACUUACGAGAUCAUGAUUGUUGUCGAUAAAUGGAGAAGAAGAAUAAGGACUCUAACCAUCGCAGACCUUCACUUUACUAUCAGAAACUAAAUUCAAACCUGAAACUAAAAUUCAAACUUGAAAUGAGAACGAUCACCUAUUUUAUUCAAAUUUGCCUUUUGUUUUGGAUCUGUGCUUCUGAGGAAGCAUUAGAAUAUGAUUGGGAAGCACAUCUAGAACGACUUGAACCUCUAGAAGGAAGUAAUUAUGAUAUUGAUUUUAGCAAUUUGAGAGUACUUAAAGGUCGUAAUAGAACUCAUGUGACUUCUUCUUUUACUGGAAGCUUUACAUAUCACAAGGAUAUGGACAAUACUUAUUCGUAUGGAGUGAAAAUUUUAAGAAGUGCACUGGGAGAUGGUGAUUAUCGUGCAUCACCCUAUCAGUAUGAACAGACCCCAAUGUGUAAAUUUUACCAAGGAUUUUUUAGAAAAACAUUUAGCCCAUCAUUUGAGACUGUCUCAGAUUUUCCUGAAAUACCGCAAGAUGGAUUGUGUCCCAUUCCAAAGGGAACUUAUCAUAUCAAGAGUGCUUUUCUUAAGGAACGUGGUGAACUUCCCAAACAUGUGCAACCUGGUGUUUAUAGACUAGAAGUAACUUGCUUAAAGAAUAUGGAGACUCUUGUUGGUGGCUUUAAUGUUUAUGCUAGGGUUUUUAAAAAACAAACUUAAUGAUGUUUACGUCCAGAAUAGAAUAGAGGAAUUUAGAAAUUCAAUCAAAUAUAACUUAUUUAAAAUUUUUGUUGGGAUUUGGGUUGAGUUCUGUUACGAAUGUUACAAA